AACAGCACAUGACAACCACAACGUGGCGCCAUAGCCUCAUUGCCAAUGACUGCAGCAGUCGGUUUUUUUGUGAUAAAUCAACCGACCCAACCUCCGCUUUUCAACCCUCCACCAAAUUUGUCUUCCAACUUGCAACUUGUGACUUGUCUGCGACAGUGCGACUCCCACAGUCCCACUCCAGGCUCAAGCUCAAGUUGGAUCUUGAAUCUGGCUCAGUGCUGCCUGGACCUGCAAUGCCUGCUCUUUCGUGGUUUCCAGGACUGAUGAGCAAAAUCACCGGUAGUCACCAUGUUCGCCGGCGACGGCGCGCUGGUCGGUCAUCCACACCAGGCAUUCCGCACCAGCCUGCUUCCGGCGAUAUCACCUGGCAAGCCAACCUCACAAGAAAUCAGGCAGUCACCGACCGCUGCAGAAUUGAGCUGGAUCCCGCCGCACUGGAUAGUCUCCCUCAGCUCUUCCGUCUGCCGUAUGACAUACGACACAAAAUCUACCGCCUCAUUCUAGACGAUGCUGGCACCCGGCAGCACAUCUUUUGUCCAUCGGUGUCUCGGAGGAGGAUGCCGAGGGAGUUACAACCUCGAUAUCUUUUGAGCGAGAAGUUCACCGACUCGGAUGGAUACUACGUCUGCGGUCACUACGAAUGCCAGAGGGCUGGGUGGGCAUUCAGAGUCGAGGCUCCAUCGGUCGGCUUCCGACUCGGCGAUCUGAACGCGUUGAUGAAAACUAACAAAUUCGCGUAUCAAGAGAUUUCACACUUCAUGUACGCAUCAAUCAACUUCCACUUCGCGACCUUUCGCGAGCUGGGCGCAUUCCUCGACUGGAUCAGCCCCGACACUAUUCCCUCUAUCCAGUUCAUCACAUUCAUUGCCCAUAUGCUGCCAGAUGGGACCGAGCACUGCAAGGAGCUGAUCGAGGGGAAGUACUUUCGAGGAAUUGACCGCGAUCAUGUGGCUCUUUUCAAGCGCAUGCCGAGCCUCAGAUCUCUCGAAAUCACCUUUUUCCCAAACAUCAUGCUGUCGUUCACCACACGGUUCACAAGCAUCAUGAAGCCACUGGAGGAACUGGCCAAGACAACGGAGAUCAAGGUCAUCCUGCCCAAGAUCUUCUAUAACAAGGACAAGAGUGGGCAGGGCCUUCCUUUGACACGAGGCUACAAUGAAAAGACGGCAUUCUAUUCAUUGACGAGGCCGGAAUACCUUGGCCGGAACAGGCUCAGCGGCUGUGAGGCGUAUUGGAGGUUCCUUUAGACAACUUGGGAAAGGAAGGAGUUUUCCGGGCAUAGUGGGCUUUCUUUUUGGCGUUCUCUUAGGCCGUGUUGCGUUUGCUAUGGUGAGGACUAAGGCGCAAUGGGCAUGGCCAUCUCAGAGGAUUUCUGCGGGAUGAUGUCUUCACUGUCAUCUAUGACUGCACUGGGCUUUCCUCUUCUUCAUAUUAUAUGCCCUGGAAUGAGGAAGCAAUUUCUUCGACGGGAGAUAGACGGUACUGCAGGCGCAAGUUAUGAAUGGCGAUUCCGGGAUGUGGUUGAGUUCUCGCAGUAUAACGUUAUCAUGAUCAGGUAAUAUGACUCCUGCCCAAUGUGAAUUG